AUCAGAAACUCUGCACGGCAAGCAGCUGUUUUGUUUUGUUGCAUCAGUUUCUGCACGCAUCGAAUGGACAAGUUAUAAUUUAUUUCACUUCACAUUUAUUUACUUGAUUUCAGUAUUUCGCGGUUGUUUUCGAUACAACCAUCAAGGUGGAGAAUAUAAUUUAUUUGAUAGCCCAUUGGAACCUUUUUGCUCGCCUUUGGAUGGCAUCUCGGGAAGGCAACGAAAUUCAGGACAAUGAACGAAUUGGGCUGGUUCCAGAUGGUCAAAGCAUUGAAAGGACUCUGGACAUCUAUCUCUCAGCACUGGUUUCGGUGGGAGCAUGUUUUUUAAUCUCUGUGAUUUACGUAGCAAGUUUAUACGUAUGGAAGUCGGAACAUGACCGGGAUCAUCCUUCUACUGUAAAGCGACGCUUCUUCAGUGUCUUCAUAGUGAUGCUGAUUGCUCCUGUAUUCGUCCUGACACUAACAUGCGAUGCUGUCUUCCAGAAGUACUCAAUGUGGGAAAUAAUGGGGUUUCGUUACGAAGGACUCUUCAUGGCGAUUUUCUUACCGCUGAUGCUGACCGCUAUCCUAUUUCUGGGACCACUGAGUGUUACACUUGCCAGCGGACUAUGGAGAAUUUAUUCGGAACCGAUGUAUUGGGUCAAUGCCGUGCAGAGUUUGUUGUGGCUACGGAAUCAUCUGGUGGCACCUCUUUCGGAGGAAUUUACGUUCCGUGCAUGCAUGCUGCCUUUGCUCUUGCAGACAUUCAAACCACAUGUAGCCAUGCUGAUAACGCCGUUGCUGUUCGGAUUAGCUCAUCUCCAUCACAUAAAGGAACGCUUACGAAACGGAACCCCACUGAAGAUUGUUUUGACAGUAUCGUUUUUCCAAUUUUUUUAUACCACCAUUUUCGGAAUAUACUCAGCGUAUCUUUUCGUACGCACGGGUCAUUUUGCAGCCCCAUUCGUAGCACAUGCCUUUUGCAAUCAUAUGGGUUUCCCAGAUGUUCAGGAGGUUCUCAGCCAGACUCCUAGGAAAAAGGCUCUAUUCAUCGGGAUGUAUCUGCUCGGACUGAUAGGGUGGAUUCUGCUGCUACCGACGCUUACCGCACCCAGCUGGUACGCGAACAAUCUUUUCUGGGUCGAAGCUGUGUGACUCAAGUUUAAUGUUUAUCUGGGUUUUAAUUUUCCUAAUGCAACUCGUAUGCCAAUCGCUGACAUAUUUGCCGUUGUAGCCAUUUAUCUAGGUUCAAUUAUAUGAAGCGUAAAGAUUUUUUUAUGAUUAGUUAUCUAGUCAAACGAGAAGAUGUGUCCUAUAGAAUUGUGUAGCAAAUUUGUUUAAAAAUAAAAACGAAAUUCUUUUUUGUGAAAAAAAAAUCAUAAUGCGAUGGAUUCUAAGGAUGACACAGCCCAAUUGAUUUUCAUUCCAUUUUUUUUUUGUUUUUGAAAUUAUGGCUAUUCCACAUAUAAAUCCAAUACCAUUCUUGCUUAAAACCAACAGAACACAUGGC